ACUAAACCCAGUCUCUCUUUCUAUGGAAUCGUUAGCAACUACAGACUCCCACAAGCGCCCAGUCCCACUGUUGUACAGUCCACACGUUUAGUUUUUCUUGUCUGUGGAAAAAUUUAUACAAAUCACACAUUCAGGAGACAACUGCCUUUACCUUAAUUUGGAGCAUUGACAGAAUGACCGGAUCUGCGCGUGUCAUCUGUGCCAUGGUCUUCGUCUUUGGGCUGCUCUUCUGCCCGGUGGUUAGCAAGAGGAAUCGAGGUUCCCAAGGCGCCAUCCCUCACCCCGACAAAAACAAUCCUAACGAAUCAGAGCAGCAACCGCAGCCACCGCAGGCGGGUUCUGGGUCCCGGGGGCGAGGCAGGGGGUCGGCUGUGCUUGCAGAGGAGGUGCUGGAGUCUAGCCAGGAAGCAUUGCAUGUCACGGAGCGCCGUUACUUGAAACGCGACUGGUGCAAGACUCAGCCGCUUAAGCAAACUAUCCACGAGGAGGGGUGCAUCAGUCGCACAAUCAUCAAUAGAUUCUGCUAUGGACAAUGCAAUUCAUUCUACAUCCCCAGACAUGUUCGCAGGGAGGAAGGUGCCUUCCAGUCUUGUUCCUUCUGUAAGCCGAAAAGAUUCACCACAAUGACUUUCACUCUUAACUGUCCGGACCAACAGCCUCCCACCAAAAAGAAACGCGUCCAGCGCGUAAAGCAGUGCCGCUGCAUUUCAAUAGAUCUGGACUAGAUCAAUAAUUGUAUUAUACUGUGUUGCUCUGGCAAUUUAUUUAACAACAAAGGGAUAACUUUACCCACGGCGUAUGCACAACACGGUUGUAAAUGGGACUUCUCUGCCCCAGCAAAACUCUGGGAAAUCUUCAGUCCGGAAAAAUAAUAAUAACCACGAUCGGACAUGUCAGAGUGAGGUGAACACAUUAUUUUAGUAACAAGUCAAGAGUUCGAUUUUAUUUAAAUGCACGCGGUUCAUGACUAAAUCUACACACAGCACGUUUUGUUUCGCAUUGCAAAUAACAAAUAUCACCAAAUAUAGCAGUUCACCAGAUACGACAUACAUGUGGAAUGAACACAUUGCAAACCGUGAUUUGACAUAUAGCCAAAUUCACUGCUGUCAUCCGCUCUGAAAACUGCAGAACUUGGCUUGCUCGUGUAGGCUAUAAUACCUACAUGGAAAACCAGCGGAUACGAUAUAGUGGUAUCCAUUUUUGAUACAACUUCCACAAGUUGGACAGUGCCAGCCAUAUUCCGGACCACUUCAGCGGGGUAUGCUGUAUCGCCUAAUCCCAACUGCGCAUAAUGUAUUUUGCCAGACUUUAAAUAUUGACUGAUUGGACAGAUAGUUUCCACUAUGUGGAAUGUGAAAAGAGAACGGAGCGAUGAUACUAUUUAAUGUAAUUAUGAGACGUUUGUAUUAUUAAUAUGUAUGCUACAUACAUGUCUGUGAAUCUCACUUAGUCUACAUUGACUUCUGCCAGUUGCUGUUUGAGAGAAAAGAUUUGUUGAUUUGUAAUGUUCUGUGUUAUAUGAUAUCAGUGGGACUGAACUACAAUACAAUUGUACACAAAGUUUCAAAUUACAAACGUAGGCUACGUUGUAUUUGGUAAUGCGUGAGCUGAGAAUAAGGUUCUGACAUUUUUGACAAAAACGAGUUAGUGUCAUACAUAUGUUGUUUAUAUGACACAAAAUACAUGUGAAGUUUUAUACAAAAAUACUGUUUGAAAGUAUGAAAAAAUGCUCAUUUAACAUUUAAAAGGUCGUAUCUGCUUGGAUCCCAUUCACUUUGGAAUCUGUGAAGCUCAAUAUCUCAAAACUACUCUAGAACCUUCUAAUUCUCAGGUCACGAUUACCGUCUUGGUUUUUAAACAGCUUUCUUUCCACUGUAAAGAGCUGAUACAUAAUCUUUAGAGUAACACGUAACCGCCCUGUAAGUGAAUACAUCACAUUGUACAAAUUUCAGCAGGAUCACGGCUUUUCCAGGAGCCAAUUAAAACGUUGGGGGGAAAAACUUGAGCUGUCGUUAACUUUUGCGCUUUGAUUGAAACGGUUGCCCAGAACAGCAAAGCACUCGCAUACUAGGCAAUGUUCUGUUGUACAAUUUCAACACACGGGUCGGACACUACAAGGAUGAUUAGGUCGUAACUCAUUUGGAAAUUGUGAAGACUCCGAUUUCAUGCAGAGCAUUUUAUGCACCAAGUUAACCCGAAACACCAAAUAAAAGGGAUCUUCUCUGGCGAUGGCUUACUUUCUUCUCGCUCGGAGCCAACCUCUUGCUGGGACUUUUAUACGUUUCUUAGACCAUUGGAGACAUUUCGUCGUAAACCGAUAUAAUUUAUGAGGAAAUACCUCGAAAAACGCGAUUAGAUGUCAAGCACAACAACCUUUUCAACCACCCCAUUCAAAAUAUGUUAUCCGGGUUAACUAUAGACUCCCUCCACCGGCUCACAAAACCUGCCACAGCGAUAGGUCUUCAUCAUCUGUGUUUAAGUGCAAUGUGCUGCUUCUUAAAAAUCUAUAGACUAGAAGUAGGCCAAUAUGCUCUCCGCUAAAGUAAAUAUUAUUAUACUAGUUGCACAAGUAGUCCCUCUUAAUCAAAGUUAAUUUACUAAGAAAAGCAGCAUAGUGCCAAGAAGUGGCAUGGCCGGCAACUAGUCACUUGUUUAUAAGACCACGAGAUGUGAAUCAUCACUGUAUUUUUAAAUAAAAACCAAGAAAAAGAACGAUAAACCGAGUGUUAAUGUUAUUCUAGGAUGGGCAUGCAUCUAGGUAUCUUAAUCAGAAUCUAGGCAACCACAAUAUACCGAAUCCGAAGGAUCCUCUGAUAAUUAUUUGAGCCUUUAUGCAGCUUAAGUGUAGGAUAUGCGAAUCUAUCGUGUGAUUCAUUGCAAGAUUUUACGCCGUUCUGGUUAAGACCUUCACCCAAGUGAUGUAAAUGUAAAGCAAACGGUAAAAAACAGAAGAUUACAAAUGUUUCCAAAUGUAGUCACGAAUGCCAAAAUAACUGCGAGUAUUCACAGAAAUACUGGGUUAAAAUACGUACUUUUCAAGCCAGUAAUUUCCCCUUCAGUAGUUUGGCCUGGAUAGCUAACGUUACACGGAACUAGAAAAUGUACUGUUUCCCGUUCAAGUCAUUAUACGCUAGACACCCUAUCUGAGAAUAUUGUAUACUUAUUAGUUCCACAAAAGCAGUUUUCGAAUUUAGACUUACGGUUGUUGGCUGUGAUGUCAACCGAAGAAACUCUGUAGCUUAUUAUGUAAUUAUACGACAAAUAUAUAUUUUAUGAAGACUACUACUUUCAUAAAAAAUAAUAAUAAACACCAGGUUACACAGCCUAAAUCCACAGGACCACCGGUCUCACGUUCGCGUUCAAAAUGAGGUAAUCAGAAAUAAAAUGGACAAUUAUGGGCUCAAAUUUCAAAUUAGUCACUAUUCGCUAUCAAAUUACACACUGAUGUGAUUGCUGUCUGACAUGCAACUUUCAUUGGCAUCGCAUAAGCUGAACAUGCAAAAUUGUUUUAAUAUCUUAAUUCCAAGCUGUUUUCUGGAAAUCACGAAGUGCCAAUUCCAAGUCGCUUAAAUUCCAGACUGUGACGCAUUCCCUCUCAAUCAGCGCUCAUUGGAAAUUCUGCCAGGAGUUCGGCUACUUCUCGAUGGCUCAGAAGGCUAGAACAAAAACUGAGCAAGCGAUUAACGAGAGCAUACAUGCUGUUUAGACGUAGGCUACAUAUCGCAAAUAUUACUCCGUUUGA